UUUGUCGUUGAGACGCCGCGGCAGGAGCGCGUAGUAUCCGUAUAGACUGAUUAAAUAGUGAUAACCCCUAAAUAUGGGGACGAAUAGUUUAAGCUUUAGUGUUAUUUUAUUGCUGACGGUUUUGUGGAGGCCGGCUUUAAGUGACAAAUGCUCGAUAGCGUGUAAAGGAUCUCCAUCAUCCCCAAGCUUUCUCAACGGACACACUUACAAUUAUGGAGUGGAAGGGACAGUCUCCGUCUACUUGACUGGCGCUAAUAAACAAGAGACCAACGUGAAGGUUUUUGGCCAAGUCGCCGUGACAGCUCUCGGAAAUUGUGCGCAUGCGCUUAAAGUCAACGCCCUCGCUAUUUCUGGGCCCGGUGGCAAGAAAUACCCUGCACCCAAAGGCAUUGACAAGGUCGUACAAUUCAGCUUCCAAGAUGGCCGCGUUGGUUCUCAAAUAUGCGCUGAGGAUGAUGACACAAGAGCAUCUCUUAACAUCAAGAGGGCCAUCAUCUCCCUUCUUCAAACUGAGCAGAAAUCUUCUACACAGAUCGACGUUUUCGGCGCUUGUCCCACCGACGUGUCCUCCUCCCAAGAGGGCGCAGCCGUACUCCUGCACAGACGCCGGGACCUCUCCCGCUGCGCGUACCGGGAGCAGGGCAAGAACGACUUGAUCUCUGCCGUGUACAACCCCAGCGCUGUAAUCAAGAAUACCCAAAUUCUUCAGUCCGCUCUGACCGUAGAGACUAAAGUCAACAACGGCAUUCCCGAGAAAGUAGCUGCCUCCGAAGACUACGUUUACAGGCCUUUCUCGGCUGGAGAAAAUGGUGCUAGAGCAGCAGUUAACACAAAACUUACUCUCUCUGGAACAACUCAAGGGGGUGGCAAUGGAGGCAACUGCCCCGAAAGCCGCACCAUCAUCUUCGAGAACCCUCACCAAGGCCAGCCUGACCACAGCAACGCGCAGAAUGUUCUUGCCGCCAUCAAGGAAGCCUGCAAGCACCUUGGCACUGAAGCUGGUUCCAAAUCUGCUGGUUUCUUCGCUCAACUCGUUAGGAUUAUGAGAUCAACAAGCAAGGAUGACUUAAUGAAAGUGUUUGGACAAAUCAAAGGAAACAACCUGGAAAAACGUGUAUUCUUGGAUGGUUUGCUCCGCGCUGGCACAGGGCCAAGUAUCGAAGCCUCCAUCCAGGUACUGAAGGGCAAACAGCUCUCUGCCCUCGAAGAAAAGCUGGUCUUCCUCUCUCUGGGCAAUGCUAGACACGUCUCCAGUGACACCAUUAAGGCUGCUGCUGGUUUACUGGAUCUUCCGGAUGCACCCAAAGAAAUCUACCUUGGAGUUGGAGCUCUGGCUGGUGUGUACUGCCGUGCUCAUGAGUGCCAUUCCACAAAAACGGAGGGAAUUAUUGCCCUUAGCAAGAAGUUCGCAGCCAAACUGCAAAACUGCAAGCCUAAGACGAAGGUUGAAGAGGACAAUGUGGUAGCAGUACUGAAGGGCAUCCGCAACAUCCGCCACUUAGAAGACAGUUUGAUCGACAAACUCGUGCACUGCGCCAACGACAACAAUGUCAAAGCCCGCGUGAAGGUCGCUGCUCUGGAAGCCUUCCACGCUGACCCUUGUGCUGCUAAGUUAAAGAAGACCGCUCUGGAUCUGAUGAAGAACAGACAAUUGGAUUCUGAAAUCCGUAUCAAGGCAUACCUUGCCGUGAUCGCUUGCCCUUGUGGAAAGUCCGCUAAUGAAAUCAAAACUUUGUUGGACUCUGAACCCGUACAUCAAGUCGGCCGUUUCAUCACCACGUCGCUGCGACACAUCCGUUCAUCAGCUAACCCCGACAAGCAGCUCGCUCGUCAGCAUUACGGUCUCAUCAGGACACCCAGCAAGUUCAACGUUGAUGACCGUAAAUACUCGUUCUUCCGCGAAUUCUCCUACAACGUUGACGCAUUGGGAGCCGGCGGUACCGUCGAAGAGGCCAUCAUUUACUCUCAGGACUCCUUCCUCCCGAGGUCUGCUACCUACAAUCUCACUGCUGAAAUCUUCGGACACAAUAUCAACGUUUUCGAGAUCGGUGGUCGUCAAGGCAACCUGGACCGCGUGAUUGAGCACUUCAUUGGACCAAGGGGCAUGUUCCGCACCCAGAAGCCUCAAGAGAUCUACGAUAACUUGUACAAACGCGCUGAAGAAACCUUCCAAAAGGUUGAUGGAAACCUGAGAGGCCGUCGCUCUAUUAAGAGCGAGGUUGACAACUUUGACAAGAACGUAAAAGCUGAAUCAGUCCCUUACAACAACGAGCUCGAUCUAGACGUGUACCUGAAGCUGUUUGGAACUGAUGCCGUGUUCCUAUCACUUGGAGACGACAAGGGCUUCGACUUUAACAAGGGUCUUGACCAGGUGCUAAAGAUCAUCAGCGAUGGCAUCAACAAGGUCAAACACUUCCAGCAAGAAAUUCGCGCUCACCUCUUAUUCUUGGAUGCUGAACUUGCCUACCCUACGGCUACAGGUCUACCAAUUAAAUUGGACGUUGUAGGAUCAGCCACUGGCCGAGUAGAUCUGUCCACCAACGUUGACAUUCGUCAAAUCCUCCGCUCCCCUCAGAAUGCUAAGGUUGACAUCAAGGUCGUUCCCAGCACAGACAUCGAGGUCUCAAUGAUCAUGAUGGUUGACGCUAAUGCAGUCACAGCUGGUAUUAAAGGAAUUGUAAACUUACACUCUUCUACUGGUGGUCACGUCAUCGCCAAGGUCAUUGAGAACGGUCAAGGCUUCGAUCUGCAAUUGGGACUACCAAUUGACAAACAAGAAAUCAUAACUGCAUCCAAUGAACUCGUAUUCUUCUCAGCUGAAAAAGGACAGAUGGAAAAACAGACUCCAAUCAAGGUUGACUCUGAUAAGAAGUCUUAUUCUGAAUGUUUCGAUCAACUAUCUGGAAUUCUUGGUCUCACUCUGUGUGGAGAGUUCUCUGUACCUUUCACAUUCUCAGGACCCGAAGCCCAAAGCUCAAUCUCUAAAUUCCUGGCUAAGUAUCCAGUAGUAGGCCCUGCCAAGAUUCGAGUUGCACUUGAGAAGAACGACCUUCGUGGUUAUCAUCUGAAGGGAGCCUUAAGGACAGACAAACAGAACGGCAAAUAUGGCGUCGAGUUGCUCUUUGACGCUGAAGGAUCUCAAAACCGACGCACUCAAAUUAAUGGAGAUGUCAUAUACAACCCAGAGGAGAAAACUGUCAAGCUGUCUUUGGAGUCGCCGAUCAAGACUCUGCAUGGACAAAUAUCAUUUUUCACCAAGCCAACAGAACAAGCGCUUCUUGUUGAUGCUAAAAUCGAUUCUAUGGCGUAUUAUGGUAAAGUAGGUUUCAACGCUCAAGGCAAUGACAGGAGGAAGGUCUGGAAGCCAAUCCUUGAAUACGAAUUGCCGGACAAAGGUGGAAGACAGAACCUUAAAGUCGAUGGACAAUUGAUUCAGGAAUCGAAUGGACCAGCUGUGCGUUAUACCUUAGAAGGAAUCAAGGUCAACUUACCCAACUCGAAUGAGCCAGUUAACGUGGAGGGACACUUUAACUACGAGCCUAAGGUUAUCGAGAUGGACUUAAAAGCAAAGAAAGGCCAACACAACCUCCUCUUAAGCGGUUCUCUUAAGGGUUACGACGUCAAACUGGAAUUCAUGAACACACUCAACCCAUACGUCAACUUUAAGAUCAAUGGACACUUUGAAAACGCCAAAGAUACGAUUCACAAUGACAUAGACUUCUAUUAUGGUGGGGAUCUUCGCGACUCAAACCAACGCGUAACCUUCAACCAGCUGCUGAAGUUCGCAGAUGCCACUCACGUGAUCACCAAGAACAAACUUGAAAUCCACGCUUUACCAAUCAAAGGACAAUUCGACCUGGAAUAUGACCCUAAGAAGUUUGAUCUGGACCUCGAAGGAAUUUAUAUGAACAAGGAGUUUGAUUUCGAAAUAGAUGCCCGUAGACACAUUAAGAAAGAUGGCGAUUACAGAGUCAAAUUAGGUCUGAAAUUAGAUAAACAAGCUAUAGAAGUUCUCGUUAAGAGAGAUAUUGUCUCCGCCGACAAGUCCAAUUUGGAGAAUUAUAUUGAUAUCAAAAACAUGGCUAAAUACGAAGUAUCUGGAGUUGUCUUACAUAGGAAUAAGGCUAAUGAUUUGAACAUUGGAGCGAUUGGACAUUUGAAACUCGCUGGUGGUGGUAUGAAGGAAGAUAUUAACUUCGACACCGGUAUCAUCGAGAAUGAAAAUCUAUAUUCAGCUCACGCGACCAUUUCGUUUGCUAAAGACAACGUGGCUCUCGACUUCCUUGCCAAGGUUAACCGUGGUGAAAACCCCAGUGGUCAACUGAAGUUGAUUCUCAAAGAUGCCAUCAGCGCCAAUGGACAGUUCCAAGUAACUGACAAGGAAGGCAAAGGAAACGGUGUGCUUAUAGUGGAAUUCAAAAAGGCUCAAAGAAAAAUUAAAGCGGAUGUGAACUUCGUAUCUAAAGCACCUGUUUUCAACGCGGAUGUCGAAUUAUUCCUUAACUUCGAAAAGGAUAACAACGAGAAACUACAGUUUAGUACUAACAACAAGAGGAAUGAAAAGCUUAUUGAUUCCAAGAACAAGUUGCAAUACAACGGCAAGAAGACUGAAGUCAAUUUCCGCCAAGAAGGUGUUCUGAUGGGAGACGAUAAGGGCAACUUGAAUGUGGAGGUCGUGCUACCGACGGAAAGAUGUUUGAAUUUGAAGAUCAACCGAGAGGUCACAGCUAAAGAUGGAGUAUACAAUGGUCUCGGGGAAUUACUCUUAUCUGACGCAGCCAAGCGUGGAGGUGCUGCUUCCAUCAUCAGCUACAAGGGCAAGCUCUCCAACACCGACUUUGAAAAAACAUUCGACUACGAAGGUACUGUUGAGAUGCGUUUGGAAAAUGGUCGUGAUCUACAGAGCAACUUCUUCUUGAAGAAACAUCCGAAUGGCGAGAAAUUCGAUGUCAAAUUCAAGGGUGAAGUAUCAGGAAACUUGAUUCCUAAGCGCGCUCUGAUCGACGGUAGCUACAGCUUCAAGGAUAUCACCACGUUCGAAGAUCCUUACCACAUAAAGGCCAGCUAUGGUGAUGACCUCUCUGCUGAGGUAGUUGGCACAUACGUUGCACACUUCCCAGAGAGCGGCGAAAAGAAGUACUUGGAUGACUUCACCGUUUCUCUCCGCCUACCUUUUGAGAAGGCUCAUGAUAUCAAAUUCGUGUCUACAUUACUUUACUUGAAACCCGAAAACAAGGAUUCUGAAGUUACCAUCAUUGAGUCUGUACAAAUCAAUGGAGACAUCUACAAAAUCGACGGCAGCAGUAAAUACAACACCAAGAAUGGUAACACCAAGUUGAAGCUCAUCGUGCCCCAUCACGACCCUGUUGUACUCGAUGUUAACUUCAAGGCCGACGUGGAAGGUGAUUCUAAAUCUGGGGAUGUGGAAUUCAAAGCACAAUAUGGCAAAGGCAAAUCUGCGUCUCUCAGCAUCCAAGGAUCAUCCGCCGGCAGAGACUAUGAGCUGAAGGUCAACGCGAAUGCCCCACAAAACGAUAAACUGAAGAAGCUGGUUCUCAAUUUGCACAAUAAGAACCCAACACCUGACACCUACGACAGCGUAUUGUCAAUCGACGCUGACGGUCGCGUAUACCGCUCCGAGAGCUUGAUGGUAUUUUCACAGAUCAAGCCAGUGUUUGACUUCAAAUACACUAGCCCUAGCUCAGAUAAGGUGGCGAGAGUCUACAUGAAGGGCUCGAACUUCGAGGCAAACCACGGUGAAGUGGAAUUAAAGUUUGUCAACUUCAAUAAAUUCGACGUGGACGCCCACUUCGAGGUCGGUUUCCAGAACGACAUCUUCGUGAAAUUCCGCGGAAACUCGCAAACACUCAACCUCAAGAACUACAAGUUGGACAUUUCCAGCAAGGACGCUGGCAAUGGAAAGAGAUUGGAAUUCAGCGCGAUCAAUGACAACAAGAAUGUAUUGAGUGGAAGCACCUCAUUUAUCAAGAAAGAGGAAGGUCUGAAGACAAUAAUCGAAGGGUCUGGAACUCUUAAGGUUAAAGACUCGCAGAAGCCAGCUAACUUCAAGUUCAUUCGCACUUUGCUAACUGAGGGCUCCGAGCAGGGUAUCGAGACAUUCAUAAACGUUGCCGUUGGUGAACUUAACCACGUGGCUGAGGCUCGCAUCACCAACUUGGAGUACAAGACCUCGUACGUGUACUGCGAAGAGAAGAAACAGUGCGCACACGCAGAAUUGAACUCCAAGAUCUCUAUGAGCAAAACCGGCGUGAUCCAGCACCUCUUCAACGUCGGGUUCGACCUCCGCAAGCUCGGCGUCUCCACGGAGUUCGGUCUCGAGGUCAGCAACGAGUUCUCCGACAAGAAGUUCCCGCAGUACUUGCUCAACCUGCACGUCAACCGGGAGACGGACAAGAUACAUUUGAACGCUUACAGCAGACCCGAGUUUGGCAAAUUCCCUGCCGGACUAACAAUGACACUGCCCAAGCGCGUCUUCGCUGUAGAGACCCUGGUCCAAUACCCCACAGACAAAUCUCUUCCAUUCCCCAUCCGUGGUGAGAUGAGCCUCUUCCCCGACAAGAAUAGGCCUGAGACCAAGACUGGCGCCAGGUUCCUGGUGGACCUGAACGUAAAUGACCAGGGAGGUGACGCUUUAGCUGAAGUUGGAUUCGUCCACCCCAAGAUUCGUAAGGAGGCUCUCGUCCGAGUCCGUGGAGCGAUGCAGCGACCAUCUGAAAACUCUGUCAAAGUAUCCAGUGUGGCCCUCGUCUCGCACCCUGUGCUUGGCAGCGACCGUAGAGCUGAAUUUAACAUGGAAGCCAGCCCUGCUCACGUCAAAAUCAUGUUCGACACACCAGUAGUGAAGGUCAUUGACCUGGAAGGAUCAGCCGUAAUGAAGGACAAUUUGCAGCAAGCAGACCUACGCUUCAGCUUACUGCAACUCAAACCUGUGCAGCUAUAUGGUGUUGUUAAAGACUACCAAUACUAUGAAUUCAGCACUGGUUACAGCGACGAGAAAGAACGCAAGCUAUCCAUCAUCGGUCACUUGAACCCAGAAGAGCGCGUGGAUAUUUCGGUCGACAUCGUUCUGCCUGGACAGAAAAAGAACAUCGUGCACGCCGCUCUCUUCAUGAAGGAUAACCAGAUCAACUCCGACUAUGGCAUCUCGAGGGACAACUACAAUCACUUUGUGACUGCAUUCAAAAAGGACUUGGAUACUCUCAUAGCCAAGGUGAAAGAGAUAAGCGAAAAGAACAGUAAUGACUUCAAGCAAAUGCUGAAACGUGUGGAACCCAAGGCUAAGGAACUGGAACAGGCGUAUCGCGAGGACUUCCAGAAGUUGAUGGAGGAAAUAACCAACGACAAGACCUUGAAGGAGCUCUCAGAGGCUGCGCACGAUAUCAUCCAAAUCAUCGCCAAGAUGAUCGAUGAGUUGGUCACGGUGACCAAACCACUCAUUGACAAGUACAUUGAAGCUGUCACAGAUAUCAGCAAGAAGGUCUGCGAAAUGUACGAGAAACAGAUCGAACCACAACUUAAGGAACUGUAUGACAACAUCUCAGCUGCUGUUCGGCAGUACUUGGACGGUGUUAUUGACGCCGCAGCUCACUUGGCCGCCAUUGUUAUUGACUUCUUCGAGAAGCACAAGCCAGAGUUCGAUGAAUUAAUUGGCACUAUCACUAACAUGUUUAGAGACGUUGUCCGUAUCAUCGUUUCUCAAAUGAAGGAAUUCCGGGAACGCUCAUCGCAACUGUUCUCAGAAAUCUCGCAACAAAUCAAGGAAAUGCCACUCAUCUCUAUGAUCAAGGAGAAGUGGCAAGAAUUAGCCGUCCCAGAACAAGUGCUAGCCAUCUUACAAGAAGGUCAACAAUCCAUCCGAGGAUUCCUCCCGACCGAAGAGCUGCAGAGCUUCUCCGACGUGCUAUUCAACUACAUUCAGAAGAAACUGCGCCAAGAGAAAAUGGAUGAAAAGAAAGAGCUUAAGGUGGUUUACGAGAAAUUGGUAGCAGCUGCCACAUCUUUGGUGCAGUUCGUGAAGAAAAAUCUGAACGAACUUGGAUUUAGCUCAAUCCCUGCCCUUGUUAUGCCAUCGCUUUCUGGCCCACAAUCAUUCGGAGCGCCGUACUUCGGUGGUUCAGCUGGAAUGAGCUUUAUCUCGCAACUCAUUCAGGGAGACAUCCCUAACCCAUUAAGCUUGAUCAAGGCCUACAGACCACGCAGUCUCAACCCAUUGGAUGAAGUACCAGCUAAGAUGCGAGCUGUAAUCGUGAACGGGCAGCACAUCUUCACGUUCGACGGGCGUCACCUGACCUUCCCCGGCUCGUGCCGCUACGUGCUCGCACACGACCACGUCGACAGGAACUUCACGCUGAUGAUGCAGCUGCAGCACGGCAACCCCAAGUCGCUGAUCUUGGAAGACAGGAGCGGAGCUAUUAUUGAGCUGAAGGAGAAUGGACAGGCAUCUAUCAACGGAGCCAACCACGGCUACCCGAUCGUCGAAAAGGAAUCUUUCGCCUUCCGCCAAGCCAAUGGCCGCAUCGGUCUCGGUUCACUUUAUGGCGUCAUGGCUUUCUGUACUAGCAAACUUGAGGUCUGCUACAUCGAAGUUUCUGGUUUCUACCUCGGCAAACUGCGCGGUCUUCUUGGAGACGGCAACAAUGAACCUUACGACGAUUUCAGACUACCCAAUGGAAAGAUCUCGCAAUCAGAGAGUGAGUUCGGCAAUGCGUACCGCCUCGCCGGCAGCUGCCCCGCGGUGAAGACGCCGGAGCACUCGCACCACCAGCUGCACGCGGCGCUCCCGCCCGCCUGCGAGGCCGUCUUCGGAGGCACCUCGUCGCUCAGACCUCUGUCCUUGUUCCUGGAUAUUGCGCCUUUCAGGCAAGCCUGCAUCCACGCGGCGAGCGGCGACGACGAGGCGGCGCUGCAGCAGGCGUGCGACCUGGCGCGCGGCUACGCGGCGCUGGCGCUGACCGGCCUGCUGCCCGCCGCGCUGCCCGCGCGCUGCGUGCGCUGCCUGGACGCCGACCGCCCGCGCGACCUCGGCGAGGUCUACGAGUUCCGCCUGCCGGCCAAGCAGGCCGACGUCAUCGUGUCCGUCGAGGUCACCAAGGCCAACGAACAAAACUACAAGGAGCUGAUAGUGCCUCUAGUGUCACAAGUGAUUGACGCACUCAAGAGCAAGCGCAUCUCCGACAUCAAGGUGUACCUCGUCGGUCUUACCUCCAAGUACCCCUACCCGAUCCUGUACGAUACUGAUUUGAAACUGAAGAACGCCAAGGUGGUGUUUGAUGACGAGAGUCGCUACAACGUGUUCGAGCGCGUCAGGACCGGUGUCCCCAGCAUCGACAGGGUCGAAGACAUCGUUAUGGACAUCAUUGAAUACAUCAAGAUCAAUGUUGGCGCCACAAACAUCAUGGCCGGAUACGCUUCCAUCACGGAGCUGCCGCUGCGACCUGGCGCUGUGAAGCAUCUCAUCAGCUCCGUUGGUACCACUUGUGAACCUCAGUUCUUCUUGGUUGAAGGCCUACGUACACUGUCUUACGACAUCUGGAUGGACAACAACGCAUACAGUGUGUCUGUCAUAACCGAGACAGCCAAGUUAGCGCCGAUCGGUGGCAAACCUGUCGUUGGAUUCUCCGAAAAUGCCGUGUUGGUGUUGGGAGACAAAAAGCAGAAGGACACGGAAGCUCUGAGAGCUAAGAUGGACAUCGGGGUCAAUGACGGCUGCAUCAACAUGGCUCAGGAUACCGAUGGUUUCGUCUUCUCCACGACGAGCUUCCGCGAGCUGAACCCAGCGCAGCGCAAGCAGUACCUCCAGACGGCGGCUGCCUCCAUCACCAACCGCAUGCUGCAGUACAGCUCGGUGCAGACCUGCACCUGCACCUACGUGGACCCCUUCAGGGUGCGCUCCGUGUGCGUGUCUACGGAGAAGAAGGAAGUGGCCCGCAAGAAAAAGUGAACGUAAACAUAUGAUCCGCCAUUAAAGAAAAUACGUCUAGUUCUACAAGUAUCGGGCUUCGAUGUGACAGACAAACGAAAUAAAAUAUCAUUAAGAGUCGAUUAUCAUUCAGUUAUAUAGCGUUGAGGUCCGUUACACUAUUUAUACCAAAGCAAAGUUUUCAUAAGUGUUAAUAAUCAUUCGUAUUAAAAUAAAAAAAAUAUUAUUUA